GACCUGGCAACCCGGCUGGAGCCUGCUCAGGAAAAUACAGCAGCCGACUUGUUGGCACUGAAGGCGGCGGAGCUCCGAGCUGCUCACACCCGCACAUCAACCUCUGCUCUCCGGCGAAUAUCUGCCUCUCCUUGGCUUCCAGGACCGAGCAAACUCUGACCGGGUGAAGAAUUUCAACCUUCAUUCUUCCAAAGCACUGCACCUGUUUAACCCUCGCCUGUGUCGUCGACCUAAGAGAGAUAAAGAAUAGAGGAUCUCUCCACCGUCCGUGGCGUCGUUUGAUCGAGGUGGCAACAUGGCGAAGAAGAACAGCCGCAAAGAAGCUUCCGGUGUGGUGUUCGACACUCGCUCCAAGAUGGUGAUGUCACAGGGAGGCACGGCGGAGCGCAUGAAGGAGAAGAUCAGUGCGGUCCGAGCUGUAGUCCCCAACAAGAGCAACAAUGAGAUCGUUCUGGUGCUGCAACACUUUGAGAACUGCGUCGACAAGGCGGUGCAGGCUUUCCUCGAAGGCAGCGCCGCUGAGAUCCUGAAGGAAUGGAGCGUCACCGGGAAGAAGAAGCCCAAGAGGAAAAAGAAGCCCAAGCCUCAGGCAGAGGUGUCAGCCGAGGUCACGACCCUGGAGACUGGCUUGGCGGUCGAGGCCAAGGAUGAGACCAAUGGUUUCCAUGCCAACGGCUCUGUGGUGGACGGAGAGUCUCUGGACUCUCUGAGCGAACAGCUGGACUCUGCCUCCCUGGACGCGUCCGAGCUGGACUCUGAACCACCGACAUCUGAGACCCCCGGAGCAGAAGCAGAAAGCGGAGCGCCCAGUCCCUCCUCUCAGCAGGGGGGACGCACUCACCCCCCACCCAGAACCAACAAGUCCCGACACAGACAUUUACAUCCCAGCAGCUCCUCUCUAGCGCCAUCUAUUGAUAACAGCCAGCAUGGUGCAGCUAACAAAAAGACAGCUCCAAACAUCGAGCGCUCCAUGAAGGACCUGCAGCGCUGCACCGUGUCAUUGAGCCGCUACAGGAUGGUGGUCAAGGAGGAGAUGGACACGUCUAUCAAGCGGAUGAAGCAGACGUUUGCUGAGUUGCAGAGCUGCCUGAUGGAUCGAGAAGUGACGCUGCUGUCAGAGAUGGACAAAGUGAAAGCUGAAGCUAUGCUGGUUCUGGAUGCGCGGCAGAAGCGGGCCGAGGAGCUGCGGCGGCUGACGGAUCGGUCGGCCAACAUGUCGGAGGAGCAGCUGACGGAGCUGCGUGCCGACAUCAAGCACUUUGUCAGCGAGCGCAAAUACGACGAGGAUUUGGGGAAAGCCGUCAGAUUCACCUUCGACCUGGAACCUCUGAAGUCCAGCAUCACUAGUUUUGGAUCAGUGUACCACCCUCGUACCGGGUACUCCAACCGCUCCCGCUGCAGCUCCACGUCUUCUUCUGUCGCCGCUCCGACUCAGCCUGAAGCUCCUCCCUCUUCUCAGAGCGCAGCCACUGACAACCGUCCUCCACCAACCAAACAGAUUUUCCAGGGCAACCGCAGAACCUUCCACUCUGGUGGUCCUCGCUUCAACGGCGGCGGCCAUGAGCGAAACGCCGGCGGACGCAGCAACCACCACCGCCACCACGCCGACGGAGCGCCGACGUCGCAGCAGCACUCCAGCGGCUACAGAGGCCCCGCCCACUUCUCCACAUCUCACAAUGGGCUGCCGCAGCGGACCCCGCGAACUCACUGUCCAUGACACCCUGCUGGGUUGGAAGCCCCCUCUGCUCACCCCCCCAGCACACCCUCACUGGCCCCGCCCCCAGUGAUGAAGAAUAAAAUACAAGUUUACAUCCUUCCUGAGAUUUUGCCAUUCACAUCGCGUGCGUCAGUGGUUCCAUAGUCUCAGUUCAAUCCGCAUUAAACCGACUUGAAUCUGCGUGGGGUGAGUGGCUGCGUGAGCAUCACAAUAGUUCCACCAACAUGUUGCCAGAUUAUCAAACUCUGCCUUUCAUUCCAAACGCAACGCUAACACGUCGGCGACGACGGCUCCUGCACAGUUGAUGUCUGAAUCGUGUUACAGCUUUCCAUUGCCGUGGUUACUGACUGACAUCCUUCCUUAAGUUAUCGAUCAAUGAAAACAGUUUUCCCUUUAAGCCUUUCAGACUCCGUGAGCUCACAUUGACCUUCUCUUAGCAUCGAUUCCUGGAAUGCUAGUUCUUUAGAGUUUGACCCAGCAGCUCUUUGGCUGAAGGUAAAAACAGUUCCGUCCCAUAGGUUGAAUUAACGCGCUGCUAGUUUCAACACAAACUACUAACCAGCUGCUGCCCCUUCUUUUUAGUUCUGACAUUCCAUCUUAAGUUUCUGGCCAAAGACUUCAGUUCGAUGCCUUUUUAUUUUCUUCCUUGGGAAUCGCUUUCUCCUCGUCGCGCAGACUGUUUGUACAAACGUAGAGAUGAAACUGAGCAGUCGUGUGACUCUUCCACUUCAACUCCUGAGACGCCUGUAAACUCAAGUGCCUUUUUCUUGUCUCCCCUCCUCUCCGCACCUCUACUGCCCCCAAUGGACCAAAGACAUCAACUGUCCCACCCCCCCCCCCACUGAUCGGCACACUUUCAUUUACAAAUAAACUGUUUGCAAUAUCAGCGUU